AUGUACAAAUAUCCCAUUCCCCCCUGCGCUGGGCUCGGCCAGGUUGCAGUGCACCGCGCACGCCAAGCCCGCGUUAAUAAUUUAACACCUCUCCGUCCAUCGUCUUCUCGCCGGCCGGAAGAUGACGGCCCAGAAUGGCCACGGCGACCUCGCAAAGAAGCCGGUCGUCGUCAUCUACGCGCCGCCGGGGAUGGCCGGCCACCUGGUCCCCACGGUGGAGCUCGGCAAGCUGCUCCUGGCGCAGGGCCUCCAGGUCACCGUCCUCCUCGGCGGGGGUGACACGUCGUUCCUCGAUGGCGUCGCCGCCGCCAACCUGGAGAUGUCCUUCCACUGCCUGCCCCCGGCCGCGCUCGCCCCCGACGUGGCCGCUGCCUGCAGCAGCAGCUUCGAGGCCAGGGUCUUCGAGCUCGCGCGCGCCUCCAACCCGGACCUGCGCGACUUCCUCCGCUCCGCCCGCCCGGCCGCCCUCCUCAUCGACUUCUUCUGCAGCGCUGCGCUGGACGUCGGCGCCGAGCUCGCCGUCCCCACCUACUUCUUCCUCACCACCUGCAUCGCCAGCGUCGCCUUUUGUCUCUACCAGCCGGUCAUCCACGAGGGGACCACCCUCAGCUUCCGGGACAUGGGCGGCGACCCCGUACACUCCCCGGGACUGCCGCCGAUCCCGGCGGAUCACCUCGCCGCGGCCGUCAUGGAUCGCGAGAGCCUGAGCAACAAACACUUCUUGGAGCUGUCCCAAUGGAUGUGCGACUCACGGGGUGUCAUCGUCAACAGCUGCCUCUCCUUGGAGCCGCGCGCCGCCAAGGCCAUCGUCUCCGGCCUCUGCACUCCGGCCGGGCUUCCAACGCCGCCGCUGUACUGCAUCGGGCCGCUGAUAAAGCCCGACGAGAAGACCGGGACGACGAAGCGCCACGAGUGCCUCGCGUGGCUCGACGGCCAGCCCGAGGCCAGCGUGGUGUUCCUCUGCUUCGGCAGCAUGGGCCGGUUCAGCGCGGAGCAGGUCAAGGAGAUGGCGGCGGGGCUGGAGGCGAGCGGGCAGCGGUUCCUGUGGGUCGUGCGGCGCCCGCCCCCGCCAGGCGCCGAGCGCCGGCCGCCGGCCGACGGCGACGACGACGGCCUCGACUUAGACGCGCUGUUCCCAGAAGGCUUCCUGAAGCGGACCAAGGACAGGGGGCUGGUGAUCACGUCCUGGGCGCCGCAGCGGCAGGUUCUGGCGCACGUCGCAAUCGGCGGCUUCGUGACGCACUGCGGCUGGAACUCGGUGCUGGAAGCCGUCGCGGCGGGCGUGCCGAUGCUGGCGUGGCCGCUCUACGCGGAGCAGCGCAUGAACAGAGUAUUCCUCGUCGAGGAGAUGCGGCUGGCCGUGCCCAUGGAAGGGUACGACAAGAAGAUGGUCGAGUCCAGCGAGGUGGCGGCGAAGGUGCGGUGGCUGAUCGAGUCGGACGGCGGGAGGGAGCUCCGGCAGCGGACGCGCGCGGCCAUGCGGCUGACGGAGGAGGCGCUGGGCGACGGCGGGGAGUCGAGGGCCGCGCUGGCGGAUCUCGCCAGGCAAUGGAAGAAAAGCGCCGCCGCCGACGACGGCUGAUCGAAGAGUUCGUUCGUUGACCCGGGCGGUGGGCCGGCGGCUUUGGUUUCGAACUUCACGUGGGCGAGGUGCCGUGCAUCCAUGCACGUCAAUAAUAUACUACACGCAGACGGACUUUUACAGACUUCUUACACGUUGAUCUUGGACCGAUUAGUACAGUAGCAUACUAGCAUUGGAUCGCGUGCAACAUGAUGAUGUAGUUUAUUUCGUUUUGUCCUUGGUGUCUAUUUUUCAUUCAUAAUUGUUUGGAACCGUGGAUCGUCA